AUGGACGAGAACAAAUCUCAGCCUCUCCAUGUCACAGGAAUACUCGUAUAUCGUAUACAGCGUCAAGUCGAAUUCUUAUUGUUAAACGAUACUUUCGGUCAUAAAAAGUACUGGUCUGCUCCCAAGGGGGAAGUCAUUGGUCAGGAAGACGAGUUAAAAUGCGCACUCCGUAAUACUACAGAACUAACCGGGCUGUCAGUAAGAGAUUUAAACAUAAUUGACAAAGACAACUUUAGAGCGGAAAUUAAGUAUUUAGCUGGAACAAGACCAAAACGUGUUGCAUAUUAUCUUGCCCAAGCCUCAGAUCAUGUUCGCGUAUUUACCGCUAGCGAGGGACUCAAUUUUGCGUGGUUUCCUCUCAAUGUGGCGGUUGAAAAAGUCAUCUAUCGAAGUAUGCAGGAUGUUAUCAAACAGGCAUCGGCUUUUAUUGAGAGCAAUAAACUCACAAGGUCCUCAGAGGCGCCUGCACGACAACGCCCUCCAAAAAGUCCAUUCAUCAGCGAUAGGCUAGAAACUCGAAUGAAAAACCUGAAUUUGGCUCUUCCCUUAGAUUCACAACGUCAGGCCAUGUCCAGGCAGAGACUCGAGCUUGCGCGAGAACAGCGUCAACAUCACCGUACGGAAAAACUGGGUAAUGGUUUUGUUUCUCCUCUUCAGUCUCCCGUGAUGACGUACGACAACCCAUUAUACAAAACUCGCUUGUGCGAGAGAUUUGAAACCGAAGGGUUUUGUCCAUACGGACCGAAAUGUACGUUCGCUCACGGUACUAACGAAUUAAGAGAAAGACCAACAUCAGAGGAAAAAACUGGUUCUCCUCCAACUGCAAGGGAUGGUCCUGAGAACCCAUUGUACAAGACACGACUCUGCGAACGGUUUAUGAAGGAGAAUUUCUGUCAAUACGGACCGAAAUGCAAUUUUGCUCACGGAGAGCACGAACUAAGAGAGCGACCACAAAGUUCCGCUCCUCAUCGCGAUAAUGGCGACCAGCUUAACCAUCAUCCAGUUAUGACCGAACAGUCUCAGAAGACUGUAGACCAGUCACAUAAACAACAAUUUGGAUACCAUAUGUCUUCGCAAAACUUUCAGCAUGCGCAAAAUAGCACACAGCAAGGUCAGCAGCUCUCUCACCAUCUUCCACCUACGCCGACUACGCCUCAAUUUCAGCAUGGUUAUCAAGCAACUGGUGAACAGCGCCAACAUCAAUUGCGCACAUACCGUUCAAAUGAAUUCGAUAGAACGUCAUCUUCUGCAUCGACGUUUAUUCGCUCUGAAAUGCCGAAUAACAUUUUUGGUCGUAUAUCUGUAUUAUCGCAAUCCGAUUCUAUGCGUCCUAUACCAGCGGCUCCCCUCACUCCGCCUGCCAGUUCCCACGAUUUGUCUUCUGAUAACGAUUAUCCUAAAGAUGAUUUGCGUUCAAGGCAUACUGAUCAUAGCAGUGCAAACGGAGACACUGACCCGCGAGUAGAUAGAACUCACAAAAAUCCCGUUGAGCAAAAGGAAAAAAAGGAUGAUAAGGACCAUAAGGAGCAGAAGGAGGUAUCGUCUGUUCAGUCUUCUUCAUCAUCACCAAAGACCAGUAACAAUGGUCGACGACGAGUAGCUGACAACGAUACAAUUGGUGAUAAGAAGUGGAUUGUUGAAUACUCUGAUGACGACUUUGAUAAGCUCAGGCCGGCCAAAAAAACAGAGUCAUCAAAAUCUAAUUCGGAUAAACAAUCGCAUGAGGACAGUCUGAUAAACGAGAUGAAACGGAUGUUUGCCCAGUCUGAAGAACAGUCUAGGACUAUUUCGGAUGAUAUAAAAGAUAUCACUCGAUUCGAAAUACGACAUGAUUUGAGCAAACAUCAACUGUUUGUUGUACUAAUUCGGAGCUUGUAUGAAGAUGCGACUUGGGAAAAAGUAAACAAAGAUUUGGUUAAGAGAGAGAAGCUGUUCAAAAAAUUUGUCGAUUCGAGUCAGGAUCAAAUAGCUUUCCUUCGCUCGUGGGAGAAGUUUUUACUGCAACAUAAUCGACGUCUGACGAGUAAGGCGCCUAUCUUAUUUAAAAUGUUUUAUGAUCAUGAUUACGUCGAAGAAGAUUCCGUUUUGGAUUGGUAUGGACAGAAUAGCGAAUCAAACGAAGUUAGGAAGAAAUGUGAGAUUUUUGUCAAUUGGUUAAAGAAUGCCGAGGAAGAGGAGUCCGACGCGGUCUAA